ACGCACGGCCCUGCACUUAAUCUCUGCCCGCCCGGCGCGGAAACAGAGGCCGGGGUGGCGCGGAGCGGUGGCAGGAGCCCGGGGCUGCAGCCGCUGCCGGGCCGACGAUGACUUGUUACCGAGGUUUCCUGCUGGGCAGCUGUCGUCGCGUGGCGGGCGGCCGGGCAGCGGCACUGAGUGGGCCGGGCGCGGGAGGCCCCGCCGCGCGGCCGCGUCUCAGCAGUGACGGUGACGGCCGGCGGCACCUGGGGCACGGGCACCCGCGCGAGCUGGCGGGCUGCGGCAGCCGCCCCGACGGCGGCUUCCGCCCGUCCCGGGUGGUGGUGGUGGCCAAAACCACCCGGUACGAGUUCGAGCAGCAGCGAUACCGUUACGCGGAGCUUUCGGAAGAGGACUUGAAGCAGCUGCUUGCUUUGAAAGGCUCUAGCUACAGCGGACUGCUUGAGCGACAUCACAUUCACACCAAAAAUGUGGAACAUAUUGUAGAUAGUUUACGAAAUGAGGGAAUUGAGGUUCGUCUUGUAAAAAGGAGAGAAUAUGAUGAAGAGACUGUGCGAUGGGCAGAUGCUGUCAUAGCUGCAGGAGGUGAUGGGACAAUGCUUUUGGCAGCAAGUAAAGUCUUGGACAGACUUAAACCAGUUAUUGGAGUAAACACUGACCCAGAACGGUCUGAGGGUCAUUUAUGUCUUCCUGUUCGAUAUACGCAUUCCUUCCCAGAAGCCUUACAGAAGUUCUAUCGUGGUGAAUUCAGAUGGUUGUGGAGGCAGCGAAUCAGGUUAUACCUUGAAGGGACUGGCAUCAACCCCAUUCCUGUGGACCUUCACGAACAGCAGCUAAGUUUAAAUCAGCAUAGUAGAGCCUUCAACAUUGAAAGAGUUCACGAUGAAAGGUUUGAGGCCUCUGGACCCCAGCUUUUGCCAGUGAGAGCUCUAAAUGAAGUCUUCAUUGGGGAGAGUCUAUCAUCCAGAAUGUCUUAUUCUUGGGCUGUAGCAGUGGACAAUUUAAGAAGAAGUAUACCCACUCUAAAGGGACUGGCUUCCUACUACGAGAUUUCUGUUGAUGACGGUCCUUGGGAAAAACAGAAGAGUUCAGGGCUCAAUUUAUGUACUGGAACAGGAUCAAAGGCCUGGUCAUUCAAUAUUAACAGGGUUGCAACUCAGGCUGUGGAGGAUGUUCUAAAUAUUGCAAUACGACAAGGAAAUUUAAGUCUUCCAUUGAACAGAGAAUUGGUAGAGAAAGUAACAAAUGAAUAUAAUGAAUCACUGCUCUACAGUCCAGAAGAACCAAAAAUACUUUUCAGUAUUCGAGAACCAAUAGCAAACAGAGUUUUCUCAAGCAGUCGUCAACGUUGUUUCACCUCAAAGGUUUGUGUUCGUUCUCGUUGUUGGGAUGCCUGCAUGGUUGUGGAUGGAGGAACUUCCUUUGAGUUUAAUGAUGGAGCAAUUGCUUCCAUGUUGAUCAAUAAGGAAGAUGAACUUCGAACUGUGCUUCUAGAACAGUGAAGAAUUUCCUCAAAUGACAAUUUUGAAUACAGGAAAAAAUAGUUUUUCUGCAGAAACAGACUACCGGUCAUAAAGCUACAUUUUUUGGUUAUUGUUGAGACUGGUUGGCCUUGGGCUCAAAGGUGACCAAGAAAGUGAGAUUUGCAUUCUUCUUCUGUUGGAUUCUGAUAGAAAAGAUGUUCACUGUGUAAGAAAACGGAUGGACUAAACUGAUAUGAUUUUACCAGUGAAAUUUCUCUAUUGCUUACAGCUGGUUUCCAAGAGUGCUGAUAUCUUUUUUUUUUUUUUUUUUUUUUUUUUGAGAGGUAGGCUCAAAUAAAAGAUUAAAUGUUUAGGAUUUAAAAUUUAACUGUACAAGUUUUUUUUUUUCCCCCUUUCCUUUUCUUCCUAACUUUGUGGAAUUGGUCAGACCAAACACAUAUCAUUUGAUUAGUAUUUUUUUAUAGUACCUAAAAAUCAAGUUUUUUAAAAAGCUUUGAUGAUGGAGAAUUUUGAUAAAUCCUGACAUUGACCUAAUUGAAGUAGGUAAAUGUGUUUUUAUAUAUACUAAGGGUUUUCUAAUUUCAGAACACAAUGAUAUUGUGAUGAAUAUUGAUUUUAAAAGUUCAAUCAUUUUUGAAAUUAUUUAUAGAUGUUUUCAUUUACUUGACUGUCAGGUUAAUUUUGACAAUGCUGGGUGAAAUAUAUCUGGACAAAAUCAUGACACUGUUAUAAAUGUAUUAUUUUUGGUCUUUGGUAAAUUUUUUAAUGAUUUGAGUCUAAUAAAGUUCUUCUGUAUUUAAAACUCUCUAACAGAUUCAGAUUAGAAAGAUGAGCUGAUGAGCCAUGUUCUAUUAGGAGUUUGGUAAAACCUUUUAAAAAGACAGUUUUUAUCUAGUGUUAGGAGUUUUGUUAGAAAGAAAAUGGAUUAUCUAAUAAAUACGCAAAACACUUUAAUUUUGGAAUCGCCUUACUUAUUAUCAUGGCAGUUUUCGCCUAGCUCAUAUUCCAAGUUUUACACAUUAGCUUUGGAAGAUAAAAUGUUAUGGCUUCUCUUUUUUCCUCAUUAUGACAGUUUCUUUUCCUAAUUCCUGAUCUACUUAUAAGUAAUCUUAGGACUAUCAUGAAAAUCACCUCUUGGUGCAACAUGAGACAGUUGUUAUUCUCAUUCCAAUUAUUCAAGGCUGUAUCAGGUUUUUUUUUUCCCACUUGCGUUAAAAAAUUUUCUUCAGUAACUGAAAUGUUUAUUGAACAUUCACUCUAUGCCAUGUGCUGUGUCAAAUGCUUGAUAUGCAUUGGUGAAAUAAACAGACUAUCCUGAUAGAGCUUGAGUCUAGUGAGCUCAGAAGUCAAUUCUGUGAAAGCUGGUCUGUAUAAUCAAAUCAAAUAUACUUGGUUCUGGCAACAUAUAUCAUGUUCUUGUCACAUUUUUUAUAUCAAUGUUACUAUCAAAGAUAAUCUAGGUUUUGAUGUAGAUCCAGAACAAGAAUCUGCUUUUCUUAGUUAAGAGUAUCUGCACAGACCCUCGGAGCAAGGAGUUGAUGUGAUGCGUACAAUAAAAAUUAGUGUUUUCCGAGAAAUGGAUCAACUUUCUGGUUUGAUUUCAAAAUGAUAUACUUAAGAUGCCACUUUAUAAAGAAGUGAACUUCCAUACUAGAGAAACUUCCUAACGUUUAAAAUAUACUCUUUUGACAAAAAUCCCAUCUCCAUCUUUAAUAUCAAGGAAAUAUGAUUGUUCCAAAUGGUACCAUAGAUCUGUUAAUAUGUAAUAUAUUAAUAGGUAACCUGCUGUGUAAAGUUGUUCCUAAGGCAUAUUUUAAAGGUUUUAAAAAUACUUAAUGUGCUCCAUUUGUGAUAUAACUUCGAAUAUUUUUGCUCUGUGGUGGGGAUGAUGAGAGGCAAAGGAUGUUAGAAUAGGAAAAAUGUUUUUACGAAUGAGUUAACCUUUUAAUGGAAACUAUGUGAAUAAAAUUAAACCAUUGUUAUCUUUUCUUUUUU